AUAAGAUCGCUCACCGAGGGGUUUGCGGCGCUUCUCAGGAAGGCUAUUUCUGAAAAGAGAUUGGCCGGAAUCAAAGUGGCUCCACGAGCCCCCAGACUAUCGCAUUUAUUUUUUGCUGAUGAUUCUUACUUAUUUCUGAGGGGCACUCUCCAGGAAUGCGAGAACCUUAUUGUGGUCCUCAAUGAGUAUGAGGAAUUGAGUUGAGCGGGUGAAUCUUGCCAAAUCGGCAGUUUGCUUUAGUAGGAAUAUUGUGCAAGAAGACCAAGAUUUCUUGGCAGCAGUUUCGGGGGUGGGGGCUGUUGGAGUCCAUGAUAAGUAUCGGGGGUCUCCCAUCCUUGAUUGCCAGAUCUAAAAUGGAGACUUUUCGAUACCUGGAAGCUAAACUGUUGGAACGGCUUCAGGGUUGGAAACAGAGGACGCUCUCGUGGGCAGCCAAAGAAACUCUUAUAAAGUCUAUUGCUCUGGCAUUGCCAUUGCAUGUGAUGUCCUGUUUCAAGCUCCCUCUGUCCUUGUGCCGCUUGUUAGACAGGCAUGUUGCCCGGUUUUGGUGGGGAGAGAAUGAAGGUCACCCGAAGGUGCGAUGUAUGUCUUGGCGGGACAUGUGUCGUAGUAAGCAUGAUGGGGGGAUGGGGUUCCGUCGGUUUGAGCAGUUUAAUCAGGCGCUCCUGGCUAAAAUUGGCUGGCGUAUACUCAGCGAACCUACCUCCCUGCUGGCCCAAGUCUACCGGGGUAAAUACUUCCCUAAUGGACAUUUCCUAACUGCUACAGCUCGAUCUAGACCAUCGUGGGGUUGGCAGAGUAUCCUGUUUGGACGUCAGCUUUUAGAGAUGGGUAUUCGAUGGCAGAUUGGGAAUGGGCGUUCGGCUUCCAUGCUCCGUUCUACCUGGGUCCCUGAGUUUCAAUUUGAACCUAUACGGUAUAAUCCUCGGGUUUUGCCGGAUGGUGGUGAUCCACUGGUAGCGGAGUUAAUUUGUCCAGGGGAGGGGCGUUGGUGUAUCCAAAAGCUUAAUAAGUGGUUUGAUCCUGGGACAUGUCGUAUCAUACAAACCAUCCCUCUACCGCGGGAUAAUGUGGAAGAUAAGCUCAUUUGGCAUGAUACAGCAGAUGGAAAUUUCUCGGUCAAAUCGGCUUACCAUCUGGAUGUCUCUUUGGAGAAAAGGAGAGGCCGUUGGAAGGCCACAGUGAAUUGGAUGGAUAGGACCUGUUGGAUACGGCUGUGGGAGGCCAACAUCCCGCCUAAAUUGAAGGUGUUUGCUUGGCAGAUUUUUAAUCGGAUCUUGCCUACCACAGAAGCUCUCAUUAGUCGUCAUAUUCCGGUUCUGCCUCGUUGCCCGGUUUGUUUGGGAGGUCCGGAAACCUUGGAGCAUUUGUCUUUAGAUUGUCCUGUUGCGCGUGCCCUAUGGGGGGCGGCGGGUUUGGAACACCUUGGGGAAGGUUUGCCAAGGCACACCUUUCCUCUGUUCCUUAAGAAACUACUGUCGUUAGUUCAUCAGCCGUCGAUGUGGUUAGCCAUUUUUGCGGUUAUCUGGCGAAUUUGGAAAUCCCAUAACUGGGUGGUGUUCGAGGGCAAGCAGUUUUGUCUUCUGGCUCUUAUGAGGCAAUAUACACAGCAAAUUGAGGAAUGGGCACGUCUCCCAAUAGAGGACAGUCCCCGGAGCCCGGAUGUAGGGGCCCUGGAGCCUACGCCGAAAGGGUCGUUUGAGGUGAUCUGUGGUUGGGAUUGGGCUACGAGGCGGGAUUCACACUCGGCAGGUGGCAUGGUUCCCAUGACUCCUUCUAGAGACGUCCUGCGAGCAAGUGGGGUCCAAUUUCCUGUCAUCAGUGAUCCUGCGAUAGUGGAGCUGCUUGCCCUGCAUGAGGCUAUUCUCUGGUGUUUGGGACAGGGCUUCGCAUCUGUUAGGUUUGAAGGGGACGCUAAAGUGUUCAUUGACCAAAUCAGGAAUGGGGAUCCAAGAGAUAGCAGGAUGGGUGCUGUAUUGGAGGAAGUAGUGAAUCUUUUUGACAGUAACCCGGGUUUGAGUAUUCGUUUCGUAGGUCGGAGUAACAAUAGGGUAGCCCAUUUGGUGGCUCGGAAAGCCCUCUCCUUGUACCCGACUAUGAGUCGUGUUUUUAAUUUUCAGGCCUGGCUGUUAUCCAGGAUGUAAUUGUCUUUUCUUGAAAUCAAUAUAAGAUUAUCUUUUGUAAAAAAAAAGACAUAAGAUCGCUCAGGAUAAUAGCGAUUUUAUUAAAAAUCAGAGUAAAGAUAGCGAUUUUGA